CCCGAGCGCCGGCAGCUCCGCGCCGCUCCCGCCGCGCCCCGAGGGAGCCGCCGCGCCGCCCCGCACCUGAGCCGCGGGACAGCAUGAGCCAGGCGCAGCCCUACGCCCCGCGCAAGGGCAGCUCCCCGGCGCCCGGGGCCAGGCGGAACGACAGCCAGGACUACCUGCUGCUGGACGCGGAGGUGUGCGAGGAGAGCGCACUGCCGCCCUACGCCUUCUACCCCGUCCGAGGCAACGAGAACAGGCUGGCCCUGCGGCGACAGACCAUUCUCCGGGAGAAGGGCAGGAGGCAGGCCAGCCGGGGGCCAGCCUACAUGUUCAAUGACCACUCCACAAGCCUUUCUCUGGAGGAGGAGCGCUUUCUGGAUGCAGCAGAAUAUGGAAAUAUUCCAGUGGUCCGCAAAAUGCUGGAAGAAUGUCCCUCACUCAAUGUGAACUGUGUGGACUACAUGGGACAGAACGCCUUGCAGCUGGCAGUGGCCAAUGAGCACCUGGAGAUUACUGAGCUUCUGCUGAAGAAGGAGAACCUGGCCCGGGUGGGGGAUGCCUUGCUUUUGGCCAUUAGCAAAGGCUACGUUCGGAUAGUGGAAGCCAUCCUGAGCCACCCCGCGUUUGCCGAAGGCAAGAGGCUCGCUCUGAGUCCCAGCCAGUCGGAGCUCCAGCACGAUGACUUCUACGCGUACGAUGAGGACGGCACGCGCUUCUCCCAUGAUGUCACGCCAAUCAUUCUGGCUGCUCACUGCCACGAGUACGAGAUCGUGCACACCCUGCUGCGGAAAGGAGCUCGGAUCGAUAGGCCACAUGACUAUUUCUGCAAGUGCAGUGAGUGCAAUCAGAAACAAAAGCAUGACUCUUUCAGCCACUCUAGAUCCAGGAUCAAUGCCUACAAAGGUCUGGCCAGCCCUGCUUAUCUGUCUUUGUCCAGUGAAGACCCUGUCAUGACUGCCUUAGAGCUCAGCAAUGAGCUGGCUGUGCUUGCCAACAUUGAAAAAGAGUUCAAGAAUGAUUACAAGAAACUGUCUAUGCAAUGCAAAGAUUUUGUAGUUGGACUGCUUGAUUUGUGCAGAAAUACAGAAGAAGUGGAAGCUAUUUUGAAUGGUGACGUAGAGAUGAGCCAUAAUAAUGGAGAGCAUGGUCGCCCCAGCCUCAGCCGCUUAAAACUCGCCAUCAAGUAUGAAGUUAAAAAAUUCGUAGCACAUCCAAACUGCCAGCAGCAACUCCUCUCGAUCUGGUACGAGAAUUUGUCGGGUUUGCGGCAGCAGACGAUGGCAGUGAAGUUUCUGGUUGUCCUCGCGGUUGCAGUCGGACUUCCCUUCCUUUCCAUGGCCUACUGGAUUGCUCCUUGCAGCAAGCUGGGGAGGAUAAUGCGUGGACCAUUUAUGAAGUUUGUAGCCCAUGCAGCCUCUUUCACCAUUUUUCUCGGUCUGCUUGUCAUGAAUGCAGCUGACAGGUUUGACGGCACCAAACUCCGACCUAAUGAAACAACAGACAAUGUAAAACAGCUUUUUAGGAUGAAAACAUCCUGUUUUUCAUGGAUGGAGAUGCUCAUUAUUUCUUGGGUAAUAGGCAUGAUAUGGUCUGAGUGUAAAGAAAUUUGGUCUCAAGGUCCAAAGGAAUACCUCUUUGAGUUAUGGAAUAUGCUUGAUUUUGGUAUGUUAGCAAUUUUUGCAGCAUCAUUCAUAGCAAGGUUUAUGGCAUUUUGGCAUGCAUCCAGAGCCCAGAACAUCGUUGAUGCAAAUAUGAAAGAUCUGACAAGUCCAACACUGGAGCCCAACAUAAAAUACUACACCUUGGCCAGAAUAAACUGGGAUCCGUCUGAUCCUCAGAUCAUUUCUGAAGGGCUAUAUGCAAUUGCAGUGGUGUUAAGUUUCUCACGGAUAGCCUACAUCUUACCAGCUAAUGAAAGCUUUGGACCACUGCAGAUAUCACUUGGGAGAACCGUGAAAGACAUCUUCAAGUUUAUGGUGAUAUUUAUCAUGGUGUUUGUGGCUUUCAUGAUAGGCAUGUUUAAUCUCUAUUCCUACUAUCUGGGAGCAAAACAAAAUGAAGCGUUCACAACUGUUGAAGAAAGUUUCAAAACAUUGUUCUGGGCUAUAUUUGGACUCUCAGAAGUUAAAUCAGUUGUGAUCAAUUAUAAACACAAAUUUAUUGAAAAUAUUGGUUAUGUUCUUUAUGGAGUCUAUAAUGUUACCAUGGUCAUCGUCUUACUGAACAUGCUUAUUGCAAUGAUCAACAGUUCAUUCCAGGAAAUUGAGGAUGAUGCUGAUGUAGAAUGGAAAUUUGCAAGGGCUAAACUUUGGUUUUCCUACUUUGAAGAAGGGAGAACUCUUCCAGUACCCUUCAACCUAGUGCCAAGCCCAAAAUCUUUGCUGUAUCUUCUAAUCAGAAUCAAAAAAUGUAUUUCUAAACCAUUUUUGUGCCAAAAGAAAAGCUUUCAGGAAGACGCAGAGAUGAACGAGCUUGGUCAAAGGAAGCAAUCAAGUAUAAGAAGCUCAGAUGAAAUCCACUUAAACAGUUUAAACAAUCCUCCAAGACAAUACCAGAAAAUAAUGAAGCGUCUUAUUAAGAGAUAUGUGUUGAAAGCUCAGAUAGAUAAGGAAAGUGAUGAAGUCAAUGAAGGUGAACUGAAGGAAAUUAAACAGGAUAUCUCGAGUCUCCGGUAUGAACUCCUUGAGGAAAAAUCUCAGAAUUCUGAAGAUCUGGCAGAACUUAUAAGGAAACUUGGGGAAAAACUGUCAAUUGACUCUAAGGAAGAAGAAAGCAAGAGAUAACCAAAAUGUUUAAGAGAUGCAACAGAAUGUUAACAAUUCACUUAAAGCCAUAUUUCUGUUUUCAAGUCUAGCUCACAUUUCUACAAAGAUUCAGAAAUUAAAUCAUUCCAAUUCUUUAUUGAAAAAACACAGUGGCAAAUCCUCUAGGUCUACAGCAGGGAGGAGAUACCACUUCGGUAAAAAUAUUUAUUCUUUACCUGCUGAAGAAUAGUAGAUCUGAGAUAAUUUAAAUAUUUAGUUUACCUCUUUUAGAGCUCCAGUGGAAUCUUGAUAAGCCCAGUCAUGAAAGAGUAAAAGCAUAGAUCUAAACUUCUCCUCUGUUAACUGUUUAUUUUUUGCAAAUUUUGUUUUUUAAGCAUUCUUACAUAUAUUUUAUUGAAGCAAAAGAGAAAAAUUCCAGGCAUAUAUAUAUAUCUCAAAAGCUAUUGAAUUUUUCCAGUAUCCCCAACUAGCAAAAAAGCUCAAAGAAGCUAACUGCCUUUCUUAAAAAUGUCUAAGAUAUUAAAAUAAUUUAUGAACAUUUCCAUGUAGAGGUAGAUAUCAGGACACUCAGAGCACUGUGUUGUACUUUUCCCUACUGAUCCCUGUCACCACUGGACUAUCCUGAGAUACCUAGGUUCCAAUGAGAGUUAAUGCAUUAAGAAAGAAAUAUUUUUCACCAAGUUCAUCGAAAAGCUAUUGCUGAGGCUGGAAGAAAACCUUCUUUAAUCCAAAAUAGUUAACCAUUGAUGUUCCAAUCUGUUUCAGAAUUCCCAAGUUCUCCAGCUUUUACGUUCAGCUUGAACUGAACCUCCCAAACUGCAGGGUAGGGGUUUGAAUGUAACAUUUUUAUUUGAGGUGCAAGAUACUAAAAUGUUAGGUGCAAACCUCUUUUAGAAUUCUGGGAAUGUCAUGCAUGGAGGACCAUGUUUCCCAUUUAAACAGUUGAACCUGUUUAAAUCAUUAAAUUUUCUUCAGACCUAUCGAUAGCAAACAAAAGCAUCUUGUUCCAAAAAAUCAUGAAAUCUCAUCUUUUACGGAUUUGCAUCCCAUGUCCUUUUUUCCACUGGUGAAAGCUCAGCUCUUGUGCUGUAUUCUUUAGGACUCUUUUAAUGAAGAAUCUUCACUCCCUGUGAGAAGGAAAGCUCCAACACUUCCACCCUGCCCACUGCAAUAGUUAAAAGUUUCUUUCUGUUAAACUGGAGAUGAGGUAUCCCAUGCUGUGUCUGGCUGUUUGUUGUGUGACAAUGUCCGUGCAGGAAAAUCAGCUGGUUUCUGUCUUUCCAGAUAGGAACAGCAUAAAUUCCAUGUCAUUUUUCCCUUGGUUAAUACAGUAAUUUGUGUUUCUCUCUUUUGACAAUCACUAAUUCUGGAAGUGUUAUGAACAUGCAUUCCAUUGGGCAUGUCUGCUUCUCUUUAAGCUUUUCUGAGAUUAGUGAAAGGGCUGUGAAAAAUUAUAACAUGGUAUCAAGGUGUAUAACACACCUGUAAAAGAAUUGUAUUAAGACUUAAAAAGGCUUGUCAGUAACUGCUUUAAAAUUAGCUUUGUGACACUUAUUUACUGUGGAAUGUAUUAGAAUGUUUCUGCCUCUCCCUUUUAGGCUGGAGAUUAUUUUUAAUGGGUUUAGAUUAGUUUCCAGCUGGAUUUAUUGGUAGUUCUUUUUAAAAAAUUGUUGAUGGAAUCACUGUGUAUUUUCAGGGAAAAAACCCCAUAUAUUAGAAUGGGUUUUGAAAUCACUUUGAGACAGGUGGAGGUGAGGGACUGAGGUCAGCCUGCUCCAUGAGUGUUUGUCAUGCUGUGGGGGAAGUGCUUGGCACGGAAGUGUAGCAACAAAUAGAGUGUGGGGGACAAUGUGUGUCCUGUGGGCCUCAGGUGUAAUGAACUCAGGUUUAGAAACUUUUAAGGCUUCUCCCUCUGAGGGAAAAGAAGGAAUGUGAGGAUUCAAAGGUAGUAGAGCACAGGCAACUGGUGUGACCUCAGGCUGGAAGGCAGUGUGACAGUAACUUCACUGCCUUUUGGCUCCUGGAUAGUUCCUGGCCAUCUCCCUUGGCCAGGACUGGCCUCUGAAUUGGAGUUCCACCUGAGAAUUUUGGUUUUCUGAAACAGUGGGCAGUUAGUUCAGGUCCACUGAAUGUCUGUGGUAGAGACCAUGCUGCACGAAGCACAUCUUCCAUCUGUGAGAAGCUCUUCGGAAAAUCUGUUGGUCAGAAUCUGAGGUAACAGGGACAGUCAAUGUUCACUUUCAGUAAUCAGAAGUCUUAAUUUUUGGUCAUUGUGAUACACAGUGUGGAUCUGCUGUAGUGCUCAUUGAUGGUAAACCUUCACUCUCCAUAAACCCAGUGAAAGGAAAUGCAUAUACACAGUUUGAGAUCCAGGCACUUUUAAAGGGAAGAUUUUUAUUACAGAGGUAAAAUGUACACUGUGAAUUUGUUUAAGCCCAAAAUUUGAUGUACCUUAAAACUAUAAGAUCGUAAUGUAUAUACUGUAUUCCAUGAAGAAAAUACAUAUGGAUUUUUUUAACCAUUGAAGAUAUUUUAUAUGUAGUUAUUACUCAUGGAACAAUUUGUUAAAUAUAUUUGAAGAGGUCUAUUGCCAAAUGUAGUGUGACAAGCAAUGUAGUAUUUAAAAUGAGCACAAUACCAAAUAUAUUACUCUGAUUUAAAAAAAUUAAAUGUACCAGACUAAAAAUGCCUUUGUGAUCCAUUGUCUGAAUAUUUUGGUAUUUCACUGUGAACAUUCAGCUGCUCUUGCUUGGAAGACUGAUAUGGUAAAAAAUUUUCAUUUGCUAACAACACUAAUACAAAAAAACAUUUCAAAGAGGGAACAAGGGUCCUUUCAUACUUAACUGGACUCAAGGCCAAGUAUUUUGUCUCCUGUGACUGUGUUUGAUGCUAGAUAUUUCAGAACAUCUGCAGGAAGUAACAGAUAAUUUUCAUCUUACUUAGUUCUGCUUUUGGUUUCUAAUAAAACAAUAACAUAAUUUGAUGAGGAAGUAUUUCCAGAUGUUUUUGUUCUUUAUUAGGAUAACAAGAUAGUCUUGCUACCUACUUGUUUCUUUAAAUCUUGUUGAUUACUUGAGCUCAGCAAUUCACAGUUUCUGUAUCAGCAGCUUCCACAUCUAAACCAGACCUGCUAUGAAGCAUUGCCUUCAUAUAUUAUUUUUCCCCUAAUUCUUAAACUUGAAGUAUGAAAUACGGUGAGUAGAUUUUAUCAUCCCUUAGAGAAUCUCCUUUCUGUUCACCCAAAAGUAUUUCACAAAGAGAUAUAGAAGGGCUUAUGAACUUCUGAAGAGAAGAAAAAUAAGUAAGAAAAUCCCCAUAUCGAUAGUUUGUCCAAAGUUUUCUCACACUGUUCUGGAUUAAACAGAAUUAUGUCUAAGUAUUGGGGAAAGCUUUUUACAUCGUGGAGGAAUACAAAUUUUAUUAGAGGCCGAUUGUGCAAUACAAGCUUAAGGUACUCAAGAUUUACAGGGACAGAUCUUGAGUAAGAGCUACAGGAUUUCAAAUGAAAAUUCUGACAUUCCAGAUAAAAAUCUGCUGCAUUACACCAUAUUUUAGAGCACAGACAGGCCAAGCCACUGAAUGCUAGUGGGUUUAGAAGUGGGAUCUCCAGAUUCAUCUGCUUUUAGAUGACAGCCAUGAAGACUUAUGCAACUGAGCUUGUCUGGUCUUUGUAUUCAGUGGAUAGAAAUGGUCAAAGGCAUGAUUUUGUGUCAUCUUAAGGUAGACAAGUAUCCCAGAUGUCUCAUAUAGUAGAAGUGACCAUUUUUCUCCUGUUACUCUGAAGAAGCCACUGUAGCUGUUACCAACAUUUUUAUUGAAGUGUGAGAAGUCCCAGCUUGACAGAAGUGAGCACUGCAGCUCAUGAACACUGCAGGGCCAUGAACCAUCACCAGUGAUCAUCUCCUUGGAAGUGCUUGAACUGAUGAGGACAGUCACUGCAAGGGGCAGGUUCUAACUUGCCUUCAGAAGAAUCCAGCCCACCCCCAGGGAUGAUUGAUGAUUAGGGUUCUUCUUUACUCUGCACCAAUAUUUCAUUUUUUCCUUCUUCGUUAGUGUUACUGUGGGUAGGCAUAAACAAAACCUCCCAUUAACCAAAUCUAUCACAAACGUGAGAAAAACUUUGUUACUGGGCACAAGGCAACUAAAUUCUUGACAAACCAGGACAUUUUGAUACAGAAAAGUUUAUAUCCCAUGUUUUAGUACAUUGGAGUGAGCAUAUAUUUUCAAUAAUGUGUUUUCAAAGCUUAAAAUAUACAGCUUGAUCUUGGCAGUACUUCAGCUAUAGCAGCUGUAUCAUGUAAUUUACUAAGAACAUGUUCUCAUGACUGCUGUGUCCCAAAAUGCAGUUUAGUACAAAAAAAUCUUGCAUUUUCUUCAUAGAGAUUUCCCUCAGGCUUGAAAUUUGUAUCUGAACAUUAUAAUUAAUACAUUACAAACCACAUAAUCUGAAACGAUACUCAUUUGCAAAACAGAAGAAAUUGUCCUUAUAGUGUAAAUUGCUAAUUUGUCACAUAAAUAUUUAAUGCUUUUUAAAAUUUGUUAGAAACUGCCUGGUGUGAAUAAUCUUUCUAAGCACUUAUGUUCCUGCUUAAAUUUUAAUUUGGCUUGUGGAAAAUAGAAUUCACAAAGUUUGUGCUUGGAAAACUACUUGUGCUUGAGAAGCUCAUAUCAAAAGAGAAGUUAAUCAAGGCUGAGGUGUGUACCUUCAACUCCAUGCUCUUACAAGUCCAGAGAAUCCCAUAGACUGUUCUUCCCUGGUGUAUAUUACCAUGAGUACCUCAAAAUGUUUCAUUUGUUCUCUUGUUUUUGUUGUUGCAAAAAGCCAAGUCUCCUGUUCCUCUUUCUGUUCUUGCCACCAUCCUUAAUAUGACAGUGCAGUGGGGAUCAAAAAGUACAGUGCUUUUCUCUGUACAAGAAACUGUAUUUUAGUAGCAUUUGGUUUUAAGCUUUUGAAUAUUCUGUGAUUCAGCUCCUUGACAUUUACACUUUGCUCUUUUAUUCAAUGGACUUCCGAUCAAAGUAAUUGAAGAAAUUCAGUUCAUAUUGUAUGCCAAGUAAAAUGCAGCAGAUAAAUCAUUAUCAAUGUUAAUAGCAAUAUUUUUAUGCCCUUUUAUAUAUGAACACUUUUAUACCAUUUUGAUACUUAACUGUGCUUUAUAAACAGCAAGUGUAUUCUAGUAGGUUUGCACAGGGCAAAGGGCAUAAAUAAACUGACAACCAGUCCAAAAACUUUUUGUUUGUAUGCAAAACCUACUCACUCUCAAAUACAAAUAAAUCUACUUUCCUAUGA